UCUUUGAAGAAAUGCUGACUGCUUUCCGAGGACUGGAUGUCUUUCUGAUAUUCAGUCUAGUGCUGAACUACACUGUGGGUUCUGAUUCUGGCUGUGAGGAUUGGACAAUAUCUGGAUCAGAUGUCUGCUGCAAGACAUGCAAGCCAGGGAACCACUUGGUGGAUCGUUGUGGAAGAGACCCAGAAAAGCUCUGUACCCCCUGUGCCCCUGACAUGUACACAAUCGGUUUGACUUUGAACCUCUUCUGUUUGAGAUGUACCCAGUGCAUAGGUAAACAGUUUACACUUAGACCUUGCACUAUCAGCAGCAAUACUGUAUGUGGAUGCAAGCCUGGAUAUCGGUGCGGAAACGACAAAUGUUCAUUCUGUGUUACUGAAUGCAAGGAGGGGGAGGAGCCCACCGAAAACCGAUUGUGUAGAAAAUGUCCAGAAGGAAAAUUCAAUGACAAAAUCCACAGUAACUGCAGAGAAUGGAAAAAAAGUUGUCCCGAUGGACAGAUGUUGGGCAAAGGAAAUGCUACCAGUGACUGUACUUGCAUAUAUUCAGACAAAGAAGCAAUAGUACCAACCUUACAUGUUGUGAGCAAUAAAAAAGAACAGACAAAAUGGCUUCCAGUUUUCAUUGCUGGAGGGAUGGCAGGGUUGGCUGUCCUUUGUUUCAUAGCAUCCGUGGUUGCAUAUGUAAAAGGACAAAACAAAACUGAGAAGAAGCCAAAAACCGAUGCCGGUGACCAAGAUGAGUCCAGGAUUAUGGUAGGGGAGCAGGCAGACUGUAGUUUCCGUCAUCCUGAGCAGGAACAGGGCAGCUCAGAGUCCAUCAAUACACAAGACUCAGAUUCUAAACUCAUUGUGUGAGUUCUGGACAGCUUUUAUUUUCUUAUCUUACUGUAGUAUUACUACAACAGCAAGAGGAUAACAUCCACUAAACUGUGAAAUACAUCCUUGACUGGGUGUCUGUCAGCCAUUCCAGCUGGUGUAUCGGUGAUUAAUGGGAACAAAAUGGGCAUUU